ACUUCUGUCAAAAUCCUGUGAAGAUCUACAAUGAAUGUUGUUUACCCAGCAGGUGGAUAUGACGUCACGGAUUUGGAACAUCAGAAAAUAACAUCCAAAUUCGCGAUAAUUUUUUCUUUCCAUGCGAAUUAAAAUGUAAUAACAUUAGAAAGAGCUCGCUCUCUUAUUCGAGACAGAACGUGGCGUGAAGUCUAGAUUAUUUUACCGGUAACAGUGCUCUCCGUGAAUGCAGCAGAGAUGUAUCCUCGCAGUUAAAGUUAGUCCCCCAAGCGGAGUAAUGUUGGUAGUAUUUACAGUGUGAAUAUUGCAUGCUUACUUGGUAUACAAGAUCGCGUGUACAGUUCAUUAUCUCUAGCACAGAAUUGUCUACUGCGUGCACCUACCAUUGUCGAUUGGUGUCAUCUGUGAACUCCUGAUGGUCCCGCCUCUGAAGACCCUGAGCUGAAUUUUCAUUGGAAGAAUGGAACGCCAGUCUUUCCUACACAAGUGAACACGUGGGUGCUCUGAUUGGCUGAAUACUUUCUGCACUGUUGUCUGGCUGGCUGCCAGCGCCUGCCUUGCCCCUGAUCAGAAGUGAACGUGACAUUUGUGCGGAGCCUGGAGACUCCAGUGGUGACCCCCUGUGGAGACAGAGAUCAAAGGCAAGGAGGCUGAAGUCACUACGCUGGAACUGAAGAUUGCUUUAAACGAGCAAGUCAUUGUAGAAGGUUUUUAAGUCAUGAUGCAACAAUCUGGGACCGAGGCGACAAGCAAUGGUCCAGCCAGUCAGAACAGAGCAGCGAGCGUGGAGGACGGGUCCAGGGACGCGAGGCCCAAGAGCGCCACGUCAGUGGACGUCAUGGCAGCUGACCUGAUCCAUCUCCAGCAGCAGCAGGCUCUUCAAGUGGCUCGGCAGAUCCUUCUACAGCAACAACAACAACAGCAACAUCAACAACAACAACAACAACAACAACAACAGCAGCUGCAGCUUCAGCAAGGCACCGAUCUAAAAUCCCCCAAAGACAAUGAGAAUCAGCCAAGCCUACAGGUUCCAGUGUCAGUGGCUAUGAUGACACCCCAGGUAAUAACGCCUCAGCAGAUGCAGCAGAUCCUCCAGCAGCAGGUCCUGAGCCCUCAGCAGCUCCAGGUGCUCCUGCAGCAGCAACAGGCCCUCAUGUUACAACAGCAGCAACUCCAAGAGUUCUACAAGAAGCAGCAGGAACAGCUCCACCUCCAGCUCCUCCAGCAGCAACAUGCAGGCAAGCAGAGUAAAGAGCAGCAGCAGCAGGCCCAGCAGUUGGCCUUCCAGCAGCAGCUCAUGCAGGUCCAACAGCUCCAGCAGCAGCACCUGCUCAACCUCCAGAGACAAGGCCUGCUCACCAUCCAGCCUGGACAGACCGCCCUGCCCCUGCACUCGCUCACUCAGGGCAUAAAUCCAGCAGAGCUUCAGCAGCUGUGGAAGGAGGUGACGAACUUGAAGGAAGAGAACAGCAACAACAGCAACGGCCGCCGCGGCCUGGACCUGUCCUCGCCACAACUCCCCAAGAAGCCCCUCCUCAACCAACACGCCUCCACCAAUGGACAGUACAUGAGCCAUUCUCUGAAGAGAGAAGGAUCCACGCUAGACGACUACCAACACUCUCACCACAGUCACCCGCUUUAUGGGCAUGGGGUUUGCAAGUGGCCUGGAUGCGAGGCGGUGUUUGAGGACUUCCAGUCAUUCCUGAAGCAUCUCAACAAUGAGCACGCCCUGGACGACAGGAGCACAGCCCAGUGUCGGGUACAAAUGCAGGUUGUACAGCAGCUGGAACUGCAGCUAGCGAAAGACAAAGAGCGUCUGCAAGCCAUGAUGACGCAUCUCCACGUCAAAUCCACGGAGCCCAAACCCACCCCACAGCCACUCAACCUGGUGUCCAGCGUCACCCUGUCCAAGACAGCCCCCCAUGAGGCCUCACCCCCUGAGCCUGCCCCAGACCCCCACCACCCCCACGGCCCCCUGACGCCCCUGUCCCAGGCCCACUCCGUCAUCACCCCCAACAGCAUCCACCACAGUGUGGGCCCCAUGCGCCGACGUUACUCUGAUAAGUACAACAUGCCAAUCUCCCCAGAUAUUGUCCAGAACAAAGAGUUCUACAUGAAUGCUGAAGUCAGACCUCCCUUCACGUAUGCCUCGUUAAUACGCCAGGGUAUCCUUGAAUCCCCGGAAAAGCAGCUAACACUAAAUGAAAUUUACAACUGGUUCACACGAAUGUUUGCAUAUUUCAGGCGCAAUGCCGCGACAUGGAAGAACGCAGUCCGGCAUAAUCUUAGUCUUCACAAAUGUUUUGUGCGAGUAGAAAACGUUAAAGGGGCUGUGUGGACAGUGGAUGAACUAGAGUUCCAAAAGAGAAGGCCACAAAAGAUCACUGGAAGUCCAGCCUUAGUGAAGAACAUCCAGACCAGCUUGGGCUAUGGUCCGGCUCUCUCUGCAGCCUUCCAGGCUUCAAUGGCAGAAAACAAUAUACCUCUAUACACUACUGCUUCCAUUGGAAGUCCUACCCUCAACUCGCUGGCGAAUGCCAUCCGAGAGGAGAUGAUUGGAGCGAUGGACCAUGGAAACAGCAACGGCAGUGACAGCAGCCCAGGACGGUCUCCCUUGCCAGCUAUGCAUCACAUUAAAGAGGAACCGCUGGACCCGGAGGACCACGAAGGCCCCCUCUCCCUGGUGACGACGGCCAACCACAGUCCAGAUUUCGAUCACCACAGAGAUUACGAUGACGACCAGGGCCACGAUGACAUGCUGUAAGGUCGGGCCCCCAGGGGCCCCUCCCAGAGACAGAACUAACCUUAGUCAUCUGUGAGACGCCACAACGUCACAGAUCAUACAGAUACAAGACUGCAGUCUCAGUCCUCUGAUGACAGCUAUCAAAUGUUUCCAAUUGACUUUUAGUGCCAUUAAAUACAUAGUGAAAAACACAAGAAAGAGAAUACGUCCCACUUGGGAGUAUUUUUGAUUUAUAUCUACUUUUUGGUUUAAGUGAACGAAAAUAAGAAAAAAGUAAUUUCUACUCUACAUGCGUUGGAUGGACAUGUUUGGUACUGGGGAUGACUUCUUGGUCAGCAUGCUGGCUUCAAAUCCAGGAUGGACUUGGACUUGCACUGUGCAGCCAGUAUGAACUUGGACCUGCACUGUGCAGCCAGUAUGGAUUGCAUACAGCCCACUCAACCACACUGAGCAUGGACUGCAGAGGGGUUCUCUCUCUCACACACACACAAACACACACACAUGCCCAUAAACCCAAGAGAUAUUGAAUGACGUUUAAUUUACGCUCUGUGUGUGUGUGUGUGUGUGUGUGUGUGUGUGUGUGUGUGUGUGUGUGUGUGUGUGUGUGUGUGUGUGUGUGUGUGUGUGUGUGUGUGUGUGUGUGUGUGUGUGUGUGUGUGUGUGUGUGUGUGUGUGUGUGUGUGUGUGUGUGUGUGUGUGUGUGUGUGUGUGUGUGUGUAGAUUUUGUUCAUGGUCACUGCCUUCAACAUUUCAUUGGUUUGCUUCCAUCUAGGGAGGGAUGUUUUUUGGUGUGUUUUGAGGGUGAGGGUUUAAAAUAUGUAUUUUCCAUUGUUUGUUGUUGUUGCAUUUGAUUUCUGUAACUGAUCAGACCUCAUGCCCAGGCUGUGGAGAUUCUGUAUGGUCAGCACUUAAUGAUGGAUGUUUAGGAUUUCCUUUCUUGUUGUUUCCUCUCUUUUUUUUUAACAUGAAGCAGAAUGUCAAAUACCAUGUAGUAUUUUUCUGUCAUUUGUUCCACAUGCUUCAGAAUGCCACCCCUCCAACAUGUAGUCCAUCCUCAUCGCAUCCCCCCAAGCUCAUCAAGUCCAUCCUCAUCACAUCCCCCCAAGUACAUCAAGUCCAUCCUCAUCGCAUCCCCCCCAAGCUCAUCAAGUCCAUCUUCAUUGCAUCCCCCCAAGCUCAUCAAGUCCAUCCACAAUGCACUACUCGUAAUGAAGGCUCUCUCCAUGCAUCAAUGAAGUUUCAUUUAAGAUGGGAAUGAAUGACAGAGAAAUCAUGCAGGUUAUGAUUUAUCCUCAUUCAAUUAUAUUUUAAAACAGCCCUUCAGGGCAGUGCGUUAGCUGCAACCAAAUUUCUGAUCAUUCGCAAGCUCCCAGUUUAAGAAAGAAAAUCAAUUGUCAGGUGUGUAUUACAAAGAUAAUAUUUUAGACUAACUAAUUGUGAUUCCUGAACACAACUCUCAUUGUAGUUCAAACAUGUAUAGUUUUCCACACUGUAAUUUCAGUCAUGGAAGGAUUGUUUGGCCUUGCUUGAAGAUAUCAAAGUUAAUUUUUUUAUGCAUGACCAGUUGGCUCUCAAAUUUGUUUGUGAUUAUUAAUAAUUACACACAUCAGAUGAAAUAUCCAUGUUCUUAAUUUAGGGAUAAUCCCAAAAACUGGCAAUAAGACCUGACCAUUGCUUCAUUCCAGUAUUGGCAGACAUGUUAUGCCCCCAGAAACCCACACACCACAAGGUAACUGAUGAUCUGGGUACUGUUUGGGGUCAACAUCAGCAGAACCCAAUGACUAAGUCAGAGUAGUGAUGUAGACCCUGCAAUAGGGUGGAUGGGAUUGAUGCUGGGGCUGUGAGGCUGAAUACAAGGCUUGAUCCUACUGUAGUGUUGGUUUAUGAUAUGAAACAGGCUCAUACAAAGACUCACAAACAUUACUUUUUAAAGACUGCAACCAACCACUUUGCAUUUUUUUAUUUAUUAUUAUUUUUUAUUUUUUUUGUAACUUUUGUUUUUAGUUGUUGAUGUUUCUAAAAUCUUGUUCUGUGACGACCAAAGAUGAACUACAAAGUAAAAACAAUGUUCUCUGUUUCAUGCAAUAGCAGAUAAGGCCAAAUAUCCUCCAUUCUCUCCCAUUGGCUGUGAAAGGAUCUAAAGAUGGAGUAUAGUCUCAACUGUGUCAAUCCAAUAGCACAUUGAUUAGAAGACGCUCCUCAAGCUGUCUGACUGUCAUUAGCUUUAAAGCCAAAGGAGUCUCUUGUUGAGUGCAGUAGCUGCAGGACUUUGCAGUGACCACAACUGAAAGGGAGAUGCAGAGAGUCAGACAAACAUUAUGACCAAAUUAGGGGAACAUAUUCUUUGGGCCAACGAGAGGAAAGGGCAUCGCUCUGUCUAUCAGCAGCAGAUUGCUGUGCAACCUAGGGGGGUGAAAGGAGAUUAUGGUCAUAAUGAGGAUGGCAAUGAUUUCGCAGUAGACAGGAGAGCUUUGUAGAGAACAAUGUGAAAAGGAUUCUAUACUUCAACUGGACCACCCAAUGAUUAAAUAUUUUGUUUUAUUUUUUAUUCUUUAUGAAUUUGUAUCCUUUCCAAUGAUUGUAUGCCACUUUUGAGUGAGUCCUGCUAUCUUGACGGGAUUCUACUGUUCUCUGUUAACAUUGGUAAGGCUUUAUGAUUGUGUUUAGUUUCUGUCAACGUAUUACUUUUUAUAUUAAAAAACACUCCUGUCAACUAAUAAGCUGGGUACAGGGUACUUUAUGGCAGUUCUUUGAACAUUCCACCAUGCAUUUACAUUUACACAUGAAAAGGGCAGUCUGUGGUUUUCAGAAAAUGUAUUUAAUAUCCAUUAUCAUGCAGCUGUGGGAUGGGUCAGUAACAGCCGGACUGGGAUCGUGAGAACAACUUGAGCUCAUUCAAAUCUACUCUUUUGCUGGUUUACUUGGUAUUGUAAAGGGGGAGAUUUGAACAUUCUCAGUAUGUGUAGCUUGUCAUUACUGAUGAUAACAGCCUGCCAAAACUGUAUGCAUACCUCAGUUCCAACCUAUAGGGAAUAAUUCAAUGAAAAGUGAAAAGAAAACUUUCACCCAGUUGUACUUUGUUCUAUGUCUUGCAUGUGUCGUCUAAAACUGGAGAGAGAGAUUGUUUUUGUAAAAAACACCCCAAAAAAGUAAAAGAAUAUAAAAUUAGACCUUGUUUAUCUUGAGGGUCUCACAAUCCAAACCUUAGGCCUUUUGUCAUGAAGAAAUCACCCAGCUUUAUUUGAUCCCAUUUUCCACAAUCUAUUGACAUUUGUUUGGUCAUGGGCUUUCCAACAGUAGGGUGUACGUACAUGUCAGUAUAGCCUUGUCUUUGUCUUGUCAUUUUCUUUCCUUGUGUCUUUCAAAGAUCAAAAAUGCAUUUGUGUUACUCUUUUUGCUUUAUCACAACGGCUUUGUAUGAACUAUAAAAUAGCUAUGAAAACUGCUGUAUGUAUUGGAAUAGCAAACUGUGCUGCAAAUGUAUUUUACUUAGUAAUCCUUGCUUAAAAAGUCAUACAUGCAGACAUCUGUGCGAGAUGGGCGGGGCAGGGUUGGGGAUUAUCCCAGAUUUUGGAUUUUAAACUGUAAAAUAGAAAACAGACUUUUCUCUGUUAUCAUUGACCUAAGGAUUUUGUACAGAUUGUUUUCUUCCGUGUGUUAAGCUGUUUUUGAUACUUCCUUUUGAUGGUCUAACCACUGCCUUCUGUGGCUAUAAACAUUAGUGCUCGGAGAAAUGGCAGACAGGUAUAUUUCCUCUACAAGACGGAGAUAUCUUGCAUGACUAAUUCCAGGGUCACAGAGAUGAAAAAGAAUGGCUAAGUGGUCAGUAAUAAUAUAAGGGUGUAUCAAUCUAAUGAUAUUUUAUCUGAAACAAAUAGGGAAAAGAAGAAAAAUAUGCAGUGCCAAGAUGUAAAGAACAUUUGUUAAAUGCUUUGUUUUUUUCCCCAGAGGAAUCCAUCCACUCCUACAUAUAUUAUCAAAGAUGUGUCAUCAUCAUGUUCAGUACAUCCUCAUUAGGUGAAAUACAUAUCGCUUUUUAGUUGGCCUCUAAAUAUCUCAACUGUUUGGAAAUGUUUAUUUUUUGAUCAGUAAAAAUCAAGCACAGCAGGUAGCCGACUUAAGUGGAGCACAAAGGUUAAAGGCUAAAAGUCGGAUGUGAAUCGGACUCUGUACUCAUCCUAUGAUAUAUGUUGAUUGUAAAACAAGAAAUAUCAGUAACCUUAUGACUUUGCUGUGCUCUGUGUAGGUGGCGUUAGAUUUCCCCUCAAGACACUUGCAGCCAUGCUAAUUUACCACGGUUCUAUCAAUCAUGACCACCCCACUGUCAUUCACCACUGUGUUGUACCAUCACCCUCUUAACCCAUGCUUCUGGAGGAGGGAUGGAGGGAGGAAGGAGGGUACAGGAGAGCAGCUGUCACAGUGCUUUAAUGCAGCAGCUAAGUUAGUUUUCUGUUGAAGCUGUACUCUGUAGUUUUCUGUUUAUUAACUAAAGAUCCUGCUCAUCACCUCCAUCAUCAGUCUGUAAUCUCCUCAUCAUUCCUGGUCUGUCUGAUGCAGACUAUUUUGUUGUACAGUCAGUCUCAGUAACUGACGUAAGCUUUCUAAAAAUGCAAUAAAAUGCUGGUUGUUCAUGCUUGUUA